UCAGGCCUAAACCUAGCUAAAAGAAGCGAUCAUGAGCUAUAUAUAUAAUUAUACACACGAAUAUGCUUAUAUAAAAAUAUUAUUACGGUUUCUCAACUAUUAACACAGAAGGAGAGAUCGAGAGAGAGAUGGGAAAUAGUAUAGGGCGGGCAAGGAAGAAGGCGAAGGUGAUGAAAAUAACCGGCGAGACCUUCAAACUCAGGACUCCGGUCCAGGCCCGGGAUGCCAUGGCGGGCUAUCCGGGACAUGUCCUCCUGAACUCCGACAUGGUCCAGCAAUUUGGUAUCCGGGCCCGUCCCUUGGAUCCCGAGCAGCCCCUCGAGCCUAACAAGCUCUACUUCCUUGUCCAGCUCCCUGCCGAUGCCAUCAGUAGUUAUUCGUCAGCCCCGCGCAGGGUACGUUCGGGAAUCCACAUGAGCGCCAAGGACAGGCUCGAGUACCUGAUGCUGUCACGGAGGUCGGUCUCGGAACUCCCAAUUGCGAGGUCGGCGGCAGCCUCCUCCUCUGAAGCACCGCAGAGUGCGGGGUCAGGGCUCCAGGUAAGGAUGAGGCUGAGCAAGGCUCAGAUGGCUGAGCUGGUGGAUGAGAGCCGGGAUGAAAGGGAAAUUGCUGAGAGGGUGUUGAGGCUCUACAUGACGCGGGAGAGGGAAGGUAAAUGUGGUGAUGGCGAUGAGAUCGACGGCGGCCGUGAUUUGCCGCAGCACCAUCGAGCUGAUCAAUUGAAGGCAGCUGAUCUAGGAGUUCAUAGUGAGAAACGGGUGACGUUCAAUCCAAUGGAAAGAGGAGAAAUCUUAGAGCUAUAGCACACAGCCUCUCCAUAUAUAUAGCUGGCCACACUCUUCGCCGCCGUGGCUAAAUGUGCAUAACAAUUGGCACUUCAAUUCAUGGACUUCUUGUCUUAUAUAAUUAAUCUCUUCUUCCUUCUUCUUAUGCCUCAUCUUUGAUUUUAAUUUAUAUAUAGCAUUAACCAAUAAAUUAUUGUAAAAUUGCAAUA